AUGACCAGGUCCACUCUCCAUUCACCGCACCUCUCCGUUCUUAGCACCUCGACGAGUUCUCAGAACCUCUCCGUUCUCUCCGCCUCUCCCCUCACAUCACCUCUCCGUUCUCUGCAACGUAGCGUUCUCUACACAUCUCCCGCCUUUGCACCUCUCCCUUCCCUGCACCUCUCCCUUCUCUGCACCUCUCCCUUAUCUGCACCUCUCCAUUCCCUGCACAUGUCAAUUCUCUGCACCUCUCCAUUCUCACUGCAUCUCCAUUCACUGCCCCUCUCCGUUCUCAGCACCUCUCCAUUCUCAGCCCCUCUCCGUUCUCAGCACCUCUCCAUUCACCGCACCACUCCGCUCUCUGCGCCUCUCCAUUCACUGCGUCACUCCGUUAUCUGCACCUCUCCCUUCUCUGCACCCCUCCCUUCUCUGCACCCCUCAUUUCUCUGCACCUCUCCCUUCUCUGCACCUCUCCCUUCUCUGCACCUCUCCGUUCUCUGCACCUCUCCCUUCUCUGCACCCCUCCCUUCUCUGCACCCCUCCCUUCUCUGCACCUCUCCCUUCUCUGCACCUCUCCCUUCUCUGCACCUCUCCCUUCUCUGCACCUCUCCCUUCACUGCGUCACUCCGUUCUCUGCACCCCUCCCUUCUCUGCACCCCUCACUUCUCUGCACCUCUCCCUUCUCUGCACCUCUCCCUUCUCUGCACCUCCCCCUUCACUGCUCCUCUUCUUUCUCAGCACCUCUCCCUUCUCUGCAACUCUCCGUUCUCUGCACCUCUCCCUUCUCUGCACCCCUCCCUUCUCUGCACCUCUCCCUUCUCUGCACCCCUCCCUUCUCUGCACCUCUCCCUUCUCUGCACCUCUCCCUUCUCUGCACCUCUCCCUUCACUGCACCUCUUCUUUCUCAGAACCACUCCGUUCUCUGCAACUCUCCGUUCUCUGCAUCUCUCCCUUUUCUGCACCUCUCCAUUCACCACACCUCUCCGCUCUAUGCGCCUCUCCAUUCACUGCGUCACUCCGUUCUCUGCAACUCUCCGUUCUCUGCACCUCUCCCUACUCUGCACCCCUCCCUUCUCUGCACCCCUCCCUUCUCUGCACCUCUCCCUUCUCUGCACCUCUCCCUUCUCUGCACCUGUCAAUUCUCCGCGCCUCUGCAUUCACUGCACCUCUCUGUUCUCAGCACCCGUCCGUUCUCAGCACCUCGACGUUCUCAGAACCUCUCCGUUCUCUCCGCCUCUCCUCUCUCAGCACCUCUCCACAGCAACUCUCUAUUCUCUGCACCAGGGUUUCGUCUCUGCGUACGCCGUCUUCGCCCUGAAGCGUAACGCCUUAAGCGUGUGUGCAGGAAAGCGGAGCAGCACACAACAAGACAACCCACCGUAA